GAAGUACUUUAAAAACAACUUCAACUUUUGUUUACGACACGAAAUUUGUGCUCCUACCAAUAACCAAUUCACAUGCUGAAGAUUUCAACUUGAGAGUAAUAGACAGGAACUUUUCUUGAUAUACUUAGCCUACUUCUUCGUUUCCCAAAUUCUUUAUUUUACGAAAAGAAGAAAGCUCAAUGAUGGCCAACCCACUGGAGAACCACUUGCUACAGGCAACACAAGUUAUCGAGAAUCAGCUCGAUGCCGAAAUUGAACGGCUAGAAAAAAUGGACGACGACGAUUUUGAAGUCCUGAGAAAGCGUCGUUUGGAUGCCAUGAAGAAGGCUCAGCAGCAGAAACAGGAGUGGCUGGCGGCUGGCCAUGGUGAGUACAGCGAGGUGGCGGACGAGAAGGAAUUUUUCGAGGCUUGCAAGAAGAGCAAGAAAGUGGUGUGUCACUUCUACAGAGACAGCACCUUCCGGUGCAAAAUCAUCGACAAGCACCUGACGGAAAUCGCCCGGAAGCAUAUGGAGACCAGGUUCAUCAAAAUCAACGCGGAGAGAAGUCAGUUUUUGGUGGAGAGGCUGCGCGUGAAGACCUUGCCCACCAUCUGCCUUGCCAAAGACGGGAAAACUGUGGACUACAUCGUGGGCUUUGACGAUCUGGGCGGAGCGGACGACUUCCCGACGGCCAUGUUGGAGUGGCGUCUGGGUCGCGGCGACAUGCUCAACUACCAGGGGGACCUGCUGGAGCCACCCACCACGGGGCAGGUGGCCAAGAAGGGGAACAAAAUCUUUGGCAAACCCUCCAAGACAAAGACCAUCCGCGAUGACGGGGACACAGACAGUGACGAUGACGACUGGUAGUUUAUUUGUUUUUUUGUUUUUUUUUACCUUACAAAGAUGAAUUUGUAUAGGCAUACAAUCUAGCAUGCACAUACAAUACUUUGUGAAAUUUGUAGGGCGCAGAUAUCUUUUCAUUCCGUAUGAAUUUCAGUAUGUACAUGUUUUAAAUACAAAGAUUAUAUGUUCAUGUAUUUAUGAAAAACAAUUGGGAACCUGAAAAUCUGUUCCAUGUACAGUAGCGAAUUCGUCGGGACUGGCCUCGGUAGUUUGAGGGAUCCGUAGUUCAAGGUAUAUCUUACAAAGAGAAAGAA